AUUUCAUGAGGCGGAAGAACGCGCCAGCAGCAGCGAGCUCCCGGUUCUCCUCGGCGGAUCGUGUCCAUCGCCUCCCCGCAACAUGUGCACGCCGUGUUGUAUCUCGCAGCUGGCCUGCUGCUGCGGCGCCGCGGCCUGCUCCUGCUGCUGCGGCUGCUGCCCUCAGAUCAAACAGUCCACAGGCACCCGCAUCAUGUAUGCCUUCUACUUCCUGCUGGUCACCGCCAUCUGUGUCAUCAUGAUGUCCCCCACCGUGGAGCAGCAGAUGAAGCUCAAUAUCCCCUUCUACCGCGAGAUGUGUGAGAAGAUGAAUGCAGGCGAGAACUGCACAACCCUGGUGGGCUACUCUGCCGUCUACAAGGUGUGCUUCGGCAUGGCCUGCUUCUUCCUCCUGUUCGCCCUCUUCACCGUGCGCAUCAACAACAGCACGGGCUGCAGGGCGGCCGUGCACAACGGGUUCUGGUUGCUGAAGUUCAUCGUGCUGGUGGCGUGCUGCACGGGAGCCUUCUUCAUCCCGGAGGAGGAACUCUUUCUGGAAGUGUGGCGCUACAUCGGAGCGGCCGGCGGCUUCUUCUUCCUGCUGAUCCAGCUCCGGCUGCUGGUGGAGUUCGCACACAGAUGGAACACAAACUGGAGUUCGGGCGUGGCGUAUAACCGGCUGUGGUACGCGGCGUUGGCCCUGGUGACCCUGCUGCUGUUCAGCGGCGCCGUGGCGGCGCUGGUGUUCAUGGGCGUGUUCUACACCGACCCCGAGGCCUGCUUCCUGAACAAGGUCUUCCUGGGGGUCAACGGCGGCCUGUGCCUCGUCGUGUCGCUGCUCGCCAUCUCGCCCUGCAUUCAGAAACUGCAGCCCACGUCCGGCCUGCUGCAGCCGGGCAUCAUCAGUGUGUACGUCAUGUACCUCACCUUCUCCGCCUUCACCAGCAAGCCAAAGGAAUUCGUGGAGCGAGACGGCGUGAACGCCACGGUGUGCGUCUUCUUCUUCAACUCCGAGAACACGGAAAGCGACAAGAAGAUCGUCACAGCGUUUGGGACCGUGAUCCUCUUUGUCUGCAUCCUCUACUCUUGCCUGACCUCCACCACCAGGAGGAGCUCUGCGGCGCUGCGAGGGUUUAGGAACAGUGAGCCGGCGACCGAGAGAGCUCGCUGCUGUUUCUGCUUUGGAGAUGACCCAGACGAGUACGAUGAGAAGCAUGCCGGAGGCCAGAACGUGAUGUACGACGAGAGAGAAGGAACCAUCUACAGCUACUCCUACUUCCAUUCCGUCUUCUUCCUGGGAUCCCUGUACGUCAUGAUGACCGUCACCAACUGGUUCCAUUACGAUGGCCAUAAGAUCGAGAAGCUGUUGGACGGGAGCUGGUCGGUGUUCUGGAUCAAGAUGGCCUCCUGCUGGGUCUGCCUCGCCCUCUACAUGUGGACCCUCGUGGCUCCCAUGGUCUGCCCCAAGCGCUUUGAGGCCUGAGAGCCCCCCCCCUAAACUAGAGUCAGGCUCCUCUGAUUCCCGGGGCGUGGCCAGGCGGACGCUGAGCCAAGGGACAACCCCCCCCACCCUGGGCCAAGGGACAACCCCCCCCCCCCAAACCCAGCCCUCCCCUCAGUGUUCAACAUGGAGGAUCAUCUGUUGCCUUUUGUUUUAUAUGUUAGUGUUUUACUUUGUUUUACAACGCUAAUAUCUCAAUGGGAAAUGUUUUAUCUACUAUGACCACUUACUCAUGGAGUUGUCUCAUUACGUAUUGAUUUGGAGUUACAUAAAGAAUCCUGGGAGUUAAAUGGUGAAACAUGAGAAGCAUCAGCCCUUAUAGAUCCCUUCAUCAUUUUAGGUGUGUGUGUGUGUGUGUGUGUGUGUGUGUGUGUGUGUGUGUGUGUGUGUGUGUGUGAGACAUUUCCGUUGUUUACAGUCGGACCACAAAGUUGUAGCAACGUUUUGGGACAAAUGUAUUUCGGUUUGAAAUGUCACGAGAAAAAAUGAUUUAUUUAAGUAUCAUAGAUCAUUUUGUGAAUUGAGUUGGAUUUGUUUGUUUGUUUAAGAUCUCAUCUCACAGGCUGUGUGUGCUUUCUUAUAUUGCUCUCUUUUGUAGAAGUUUUCUAUGCAACGGAAAAAGACCUUUUCGAUAUUAGUUGUGAAGUUUCCACUUCGAUUUACAAGGAUGUUCCAGAUUUUAUUAGCGUCAGCGCUCCCUUUGAGCCACAUCUUUUCUUCGGAAAGUCCGUGUCAUCUUUACAACAUGUCCAGCCUAGUUGUUGUUGUUGAACUCUGUGCUCUUCAAAUCAACCUGCCUUAUCAAGAGUGAUGUUAGAGUGGUCGCCUCGCUGGAAGAGCUGCAGUGCCACAGAUGAGGAAUGUUUGCCAAAGGUAGAUAUCAGACAACAAUAAACUGAGUGGUCAGCAACAGAAAUAUAGAAGUGAGAACAUGAAGUAUUUGCAUGCACAAACACUUAAAUCAGAUGUUUCUGUACAUUUAUCUGGGCUUUUGUUUCAAGUGUCCGCUUAUAUUGGUGGCCAGAAUAAGGUAGCAUGAAUGCUUUUAUUAGCAAGUUAUUCAACACGAAACAAUUAAAAUGUACAUAAACCACCACCUGUUUUCCUGUGCAACACACUUUUUUUGUAUUGUAAAAAAAUUACAAUUUAUUCGUCGACUGCAAGUCAUUUUUGUUUCUCAUUCAUCAAUUUAUCAUAAUGUCCCUUUGUCUGAUUUUAUGACAUGUUCAAAGUCUUCUGUGGAUUCAUUCAGUUUGUGUUUUGUUGACUGGAUGUUGUUUGGGAAACAUUUCCUCAUUUUAACUCUUGGUAUGUAGAAAUGUAACGGUGCUCUCCAGCUUUGAUAUGAAUCUAAAGUCCUGAGCGUCACCAGAACACGCAGCAACACGUUGGGACCAGUAACGAUUUCAAUAAAACAGCCAUCAAACGCCA